UUCCCGCCGCCGUCGAUGCCAUCGUCAACUCGCACUACAUGGACGACUACAUCGACAGCCUGCCCGACGAGGCGACAGCGAUCGACAUGGUAAGGAAUGUCAGUGACAUCCACAGGGCGGGCGGCUUUGAAGUAAGAAAUUGGACGAGCAACAGCGUCGCAGUUUUAAACAGCGUGCCAAAGGAGACCUUAGGUACCGCUGCUGUAAGGUUCAAAGUCGGCCAGCAACAUGAAAGCGAGCGUACCUUGGGUCUCAUUUGGUACCCGGCGGAUGACAUAUUGGGCUUCGAUUUGUCAUUAAAACGUAUACCGAGCGACGUCCUUGAAGGUGAGAAUAGGCCUACAAAGCGUUUAAUGCUAAGAGUAAUUAUGUCUAUAUUUGAUGUACUAGGUUUCUUAGCACCCUUCACGAUUCAAGGCCGAAUCAUGCUUCAAGAGGCUUGGCGCUUACAGGUGGAUUGGGAGGAUUACAUUCCAGACCAGAUAUAUCUAAAGUGGCGAAAGUGGGUUGACCUUCUAAAGGUAAUUAAAGAUAUCCGUAUACCUAGGUGGUACUGCACAGCCGCGCGCAAUGCGGUAAGGGACAGCCAAUUGGCGACAGCGCGUGCGGGCGAGAUGCAAGAUUGUGUGGAUAUCAAGGCAGAGGUACCUACCUCGCCCCCCGCGACCCACGCGCCUACGCACAGUGCUACGAAAGGCUACGACGGCGUAGCGGCAUCUACAUGUGCUACGACCGCAUCGAGUAGUAAGUACUCAUACUAUAAUAAUUUACAGAUGCAUUUUUUUAGCGAUGCAUCUACUCAGGCGAUGUCAGCUGUGGGCUAUUGGCGCUGGGAGGAUAACGGUACUAUUUAUGUUGCAUUUAUUGCAAGCAAAAGCAGAGUUAUGCCGGUAAAACAGCUGACUAUACCGAAGGCUGAGCUGCAAGCUGCAUUGUUGUCGGCAAGACUAGCCAAUGCAAUUGGAAAGGAGCACAAACUGACGCCUAUAAGGCGUUACUUCUGGUGUGACUCCUCAACUGUGAUACAUUGGAUUCGCAAUAAAAAUCGUACGUAUAAGGCCUUUGAAGCAAAUCGUUUGGGGGAGAUUGACGACCUUACCCGCGUUGACGAGUGGCGGUACAUUUCUACGAAACUAAAUGUUGCCGAUUUAGCCACGCGGGACUCGUUUGAUCUAGCCCUACAAAAUGAGUGGUUCAAAGGUCCUUCUUUUUUAUACGCUGACGAAAGUGAAUGGCCUAAAGAUAUUAUACCUACAAGUAACGAGGAGACAGGGGAAUGCGUAGCAGUCGUCCAGGUGCGCGAGGAACCUGCAUGCAUUCCAGUGCCGGACCCACAGCGCUUCUCUUCGUGGCUUCGUCUCACCCGCGCCACGGCCACAGUGCUAAAGUUCAUCGCCAGGUGCAAAGGUCAAGCGGCCGAGAUCGACUGUGCUAUGAUGGAGCGUGCCGAGAUAUUUUUACUAAAACACGCGCAAAACGAGUCUUUUGGGGAAGACUUAGCCAGAAUUAAGGUGCACGGGGCUUUACAUCGCGCAAGUAAGCUAUUAAAAUUAUCACCCAUUUUAGAUGAACAUGACCUACUUCGCGUGGGCGGGCGCAUUGACGCCGCAUCAGAUGUGCCUCUGGACGUCAAGAGACCCGUAAUCCUGGACGGCCGUCAUCAGGUAGCACGACUAAUCGUCCGACAUUACCAUGUGAAAGCGGCCCAUGGAAGUCAGGAGAUGGUGGUUAACGAAAUAAAGCAAAGGUAUUGGGUAAUUAAACUUAGACCUACUGUUAAACUCGUGACGUCAAGGUGCAUGUUGUGCAGGAUCAUGAAGAGCAGACCUCAGGUACCUCGCAUGGGAGAUCUGCCAGGAGCCAGAAUAGAACACCAUCAGCGACCCUUUUUUCACUGUGGGUUGGACCUUUUUGGGCCAAUGGAGGUCGCGGUGGGUCGCCGCAGAGAGAAAAGGUAUGGUGUUCUAUUCACAUGCCUCACAGUACGGGCGAUUCAUAUCGAGUUAGUUGCCUCCCUUACAACUGACUCGCUCAUCAUGGCGUUGCGACGAAUGGCGGCGCGGCGUGGCUGGCCGCGCCAUCUGUACUCGGACAAUGGAACUAAUCUGAGGGGCGCCGACACAGAGCUGCGCCGGUCGAUGGAGGCGCUAGAUAUGGACGUGCUAAAAGCUGAGGGGGUUAAUAACAACAUGGACUGGACUUUUAUCCCCCCCGCCAGCCCCCAUUGGGGUGGGGCGUGGGAGCGAUUAAUACGCUCAGUAAAAACGGCUCUCAAAGUCGUUUUAAAAGAACGAGCACCAAGGGACGAAGUUUUGACCACAUUCAUGGCAGAAGUUGAGAACAUGGUCAACGGUCGUCCAUUGGUGCACGUGUCUGUCGAUCCUGCUGACGGUGAGUCUUUUACGCCUAAUCAUUUCCUUUUAGGAUCAUCAUCGCGACUCCCUCUUGUAGGAGAGUUCGAUGAUUCUGAUCUCAGCCUGAGGAAACUGUGGCGGAAGGCGCAGAGGCUCGCUGACAUGUUCUGGCAGAGGUGGCUAAGAGAAAUCUUACCCACUCUCGUGCCUAGGACAAAAUGGCUGGAGGAGCGGAAUCCGUUAAAGGUAGGAGAUCUCGUUCUGGUCGUGGAUCCCAACUCUCCCCGUAAUAUGUGGCCGAAGGGGUUGAUCACCCAGGUAAUUCCUGGCGGAGACGGCCGCAUCCGUUUAGUGGAGUGGUCCCAAGCCUCCCUGCCCAUUAGGCACGGUGGUGUUGGGAUACGACAAACUUCUGCUGUCGCUCUUCCUGCUUUUCUUUCAUCAGCGCAUAACAUUGAAAAACUGUUCCGAAAAAUCCUAAAAACUGAUCCUCUUAUAAAUUUGGACGUCCCUUUCCUGCCGGAGGCUAUCGACAGCUGGAAAACGGCCUGCCCUAACGCGGACUUGCCCAUCACUCGCCAUUCGCAACACCAAUGGGACGAGCCGCUCUGUCUGCUGGUACGGGGUAAUCUGAACGAAACGUCAACCAGCACCACAGAGCGCGCUCGUCUCCUUGCUGCGACGAAAUGGGAAUCAGGCUCAUGGUUGCAGGCCCUGCCAUCAAAGAACCUGGGCACACUUCUCUCUACGAACACCUUCAGGAUUUCUUUGUGUUUGCGCUUGGGGGUGGCUUGUGUGGCUCCUCAUCUGUGCCAGUGCGGUGCAAACGUGACGUGUUUUGGUGUCCAAGGUCUAUCUUGUGCGAGAAGUGUCGGCCGUCUUUCACGACACGCCAGCCUAAACGACAUCCUCCGCCGAGCUCUUGUCACGGCUGGGGUGCCGGCGGUUCUGGAACCGUCUGGUUUGGCCCGCGAUGACGGGAAAAGACCGGACGGCAUGACCCUCGUUCCCUGGAAGAUGGGACGGCCUUUGGUUUGGGAUGCCACAUGCGUGGACACCCUUGCGCAGUCCCAUCUUCCAGGAACAUCUAACAGAGCUGGUGCAGGCGCAAAUAUGCAGCCAUUGAUUCUGGCUGCAUGUUUGAGCCGUUUGGGGUGGAAACCCUAG